UGUGAGCUUGCUGCAGGAACGCUGCUGUCAGUCUUCGAGAAAAAAAACGAGAAAAAACAAAAACGACAAAAAACAAACAACCCCAACAAAAAGUGCUUGCUAGUCUUUGUAGAGUUUAUCUUCAUGUAAAAAUGCUCCCGUAUUUUACAAAAAACAAGAAAAAAAAUCAAAGCUAUUUUAGAUACGAAAAUAGAUAUUUUUAAAACGAUUUGAUACUGAUGCAAAAAGCUCUACGGUGCCUCAGACUCUUAGAAGGGAAGCGUGUAGUAUUUUGCAAACUCUUUUGAUGGUGUAAACAUAAUAAUAUGAUAUUUAAUGCAAAAGUGAUAGUGUAAAGGGCUUUUCAAAACAGAGUCUACUGGCAUGAAAGGGUACAAAAGGUGGGGCUAUGUUUUUUUACUGUUUUGUUUUGGAUUUUUUUUUUGGUUCAUGUUGAAAUGCCUGAACUUGUACACACAAAGAGGUCCCACGAGGUUGUUAAACGGACCCAGUCAUUCACUUGGCUGUGUACGAAAAGUGCAUUAGGACCAGAGAGAGGGAUUAAACCAGAGCAACGAGACAGAAGUCUUUCGCUAAGAAUGCAGGGCUCUUUUGCUAAUACAGCAGAUGGCUUGAGAAUAGACUAUUAUUAAUAUUAAUAUUAUUAUUAUUAUUCCUAUUAAACAAGCAACUUAUUGUCUCAAUGCUAAAGUUACAGACACUUCAAAUAAGCUUUUGUCAAGCUGCUUGUGUGCAUGCAUUUAUGUGUGGUGUAUGUUGGCUCAUGUACAGAGGUGUAGUAUUUGGGCACCCUUAUGUGAGUCCAAUGAUGUGGGCUUUGUUUAUCAUCUAUCUGCAAGUGUUUGGUGAUAGAGACUGGCUCAGUGGCGGACACACAUGUAAAGGUCUGGGCAGGGGAUAGACAAUGCUUUUGCCUGCUUUGAUGGCCUCCUGUAUCGGUGCCUUAUGUUAAAUGCUUUUAUUUGCUGGCCUGGAAACUGCUUGAGGGCUGAGCCCAACCCAGUGAACACAACAAGAGGAGGCAAGAAAAGGGAGUGGCCAGAGACGUCUACGCGCCCUCGUAUCUUCUGAAUGCAAGAAGAGUUGUUUUAAAAGUUGUGGAUAGUUUAGUGGCAGCCUUCCACUAAAUAUUACAUUUGUAUUGUAUACAGACCGUCUGUUAAGUAUUUUGUUGUGUGUGUGUGUGUGUGCGCGCGUGUGUGUUGAAGGAGCCUUAGGCUGAUUUGUGUUUGCGAAAAGGUUGCUCCCUGUCAGGGACCAAGGGAUGAGCGUAUGUGAAUUCUACAAGCAGUACAGGAAUGUUCAGGCAAGAUUGAUAGAGAACGAUGAUGACUAAGAUGAUGAAGCUUGGUUUGUCGGAUGUGUGAAGCAUGCUGCUGAAAUGAGGAUGCUGAUAUAAAGGAGAAGAAGCGGGAAUGGAGGCCAAAGGAGAACAACAGCUAUGGUUUCCGGAAUCACCUGAUAUUUAAGAUCUUUAAUCUAUUUGUCUGUUUAUUUGUUUUAUGUCUCAUGUUUGAACUGCAAACCAGUUUUAUUGAUACUGCCAGCAACUGGGGAAGAUUACUCCAAAAGCAGAGUACUUUGAAAGCAUAUUUGCCAUGUUUAACAAAUGGUUAUGGUAAAGGAGUUAUUUUCUUUUUUUUCCUCUUUUUUUCUUUUGGGGCUGGUUUCCCAUCAUGGCAUAAGAUCAUGGCAUGUUCUGUUCAUUAUAGCGUUAAACAUUGACAGCCAACGGCAACGUAUAUGAAAAGACCAAAAAAAGGAUCGUAAACGUUCAGAUCAAAAUGGAAGUAAAUUGUUUGUUGAUUUGCACGCUUCAAGGUCAGUUUUCUUGAAAUAAGACAUGUGCAACUGUUUUAUAUAGUGCCUUGAGUCUGACUUUCAGACUGAUUUCAAAACGGUCAGACCGUUUGAAAAUAAGAUCCACUACCCAGUCAUCCAAAAUACGCUGCUUCCAAAGGUUGAACUGGUAUUGGGUUUGAUAACUUCCACAAGUCAACACACACAGUGGCUAAAAACAGGGUGCAUCAGCAGCACGAAACGGAUUUCAAAUGCUGAAUUUCCAUAGCUUACCUUUUAAAGGGGCAGUCAAGCUUAGGUUUGUGUCCGUGUAUGUAUGUGCGUGUGUUUGUGUGCAUGUCUUUCUGUGGGUAAAGGAGACUACUGUGUGAAGUGUACUUUGUAGGUGUGCUCAUCACAAACCUCCUUUCUCCAGAAAUAGUUCUUAGUGACACUUGAGUUUCACAAAGUCACAUUUCCUUCAUCCUCACGCCUAAACCCCGUCUAUCUCAUUGUAUUAAGUGAGUCCGUCUCAUUAUUUUCCCAAGAAAUGAUUUACAGUACUGUUAUUAGAUUGUAUGCGUAAGGGGUAUGAUACUGUAUUCCAAAGUGGUGAGAGAUGAUAAGGGUGUGAAGACAUCAAUCAAGUGUCAAUAUUGUUAUUAUUGAGUUGUUAUUGUUUUUUUCCGCUGCUAAAAAGCUAUGAUUUUUUGUUUCAUCUUAUACACAAAAAAAUAACAUUACAUAGUUGUGAUGUCACAUCAGUGUGCUGCUAUUUUAUAAACAAUUGUAUUAUAAUUAUUUUACUGCUUACAGAAUACUUUGAGAAUACAGAAGUAGAGGGUAAAAGAAGAACAUGAAAUGAGUAUUCGACUGGAAAUGCUCUUUGUACAGUGUCCUCUUAUUAAGGCAUGAUUCUUUACCUUUAAAUCCUUUUUUCCUCUUCUUUCUGUGUCACAUUCUGUAAGUGUGGUAUAUCCAUACCUCAGGUUUACUGGACAUGAAAGACUUUCCCAUUACCUCACACACUUCUCAACAGUUUUUCGGGAACCUGGAAAGGGCAGCACACAGAAGUCGUACUGUAAUAUUUCUGCUGUGUCUGAUGUAGUGAAUCUGGUGAAAUUUGAUUUCAAAUGUUGAUGUUGAUUGCAAGCACACAAGGUUCCCACAUGGACUUCAAUAAUAGUGGAUGGAGGUGGUAGGGAAAAUAAGACCUUUGCGCAUUGUGUUGUGUGCAUUAUUACCUGCCACAUUUAAAAAAUGUUUUGGGUAUCACCCUCUAUCGAUGGAUGUAAACUUGUUAAUACUGACCAAACUGCAGUGUCGAAAAGCCUCCUUCCUCCACUAUAACCAUAUCGUGUACCUCAGUUAUGUCUGUUGCACAAAUCUGUUCAAUAAAUACCUGCUUUAAAGAGUGUGGUGCUAUGUUGGUUCUAUGUUAUUCUUCCUUAUUAAUGGUAAUAUUAAUGAUAUUUAAAAGAAGAGAGGCUGGAAUGAAAACAACAACGUUUUAAAUCAUUGUUUACACACUUGGAAGAUGCUUUUAUCCACGGUGACUUACUUUUACAGUAAUGUACAUUACUUAAGAACCAAAGUUCUUGGUGAUGCUAGCACGCUCUACUAUUUGAGUAACAGGAACACACAAAAUAUAUGACAGAGAAAGUAAACGCUUUUCUGUUCAAUAGUUUUACCUUUCAGAAUUCUCUGAUAAACACCUGAGACUUGUGUGGGGAAAAUAAAGAGGUAACUACGUUGAAUUAGGGGGUGAUGCUAUACUGUAAGAGGCCUUGAAAUUCUGGAUUUUCUUUUGUUAAACUCAAUAAAUGUAUUAUUGAGAGUAUGAUGGAAGUUAAUGGAGAGGACAUGCUGUAUGCUAAGGUCAAUAAACUUACCAUGAAAGAACAUCUUCGCCUCAUGUUCUCCUUAUUUUAGCCAUUCAGCAGCAUCAUAAACGUCGUCAAAAUGAUAAAAAUGAUACAACAAUUUGUUUAACAAAAUGCUAGUUUGCAUUUGAACACCUAACACUUACAUUAAAACACAAAAUAAACCAUUAAAUCGACGCUGUUACAACACCGUUAACUGACAGACGUCACUCAGUUAGUUUCAAAGCCCGCCACCACGAGCCACUGGCGCCCCCUACGUCAGCGUGCGUAAAAACUUCCGGCUAAUCAAAUAAGGAGAUAGCGCUGUCAUUGCUGCAGUCACCUCAAAUUAGCAAAUAUUUGGUGCUUUUAAGAAGCACGAGGGGCUUGACAGUUCGUGAUUGAUUAAUGGCUAAAUGGAUGAGUAUUUUAUAACCUCACGACGCUCUUUACUUCUUUAUAUCUGCAACAAUGCUCACUUUCGCUUUAACGCUAGUCCGACAUGGUGAAACCCAGUGCAACAAAGAUGGGCUUUUACAAGGUCAGAAGAUAGACGCUCCUCUUUCUGAAAUUGGGAUACGGCAGUCUGAAGCUGCUGGCCAGUAUCUUAGAGAUGUUAACUUUACCAAUGUGUUUGUGAGUGACAUGAAGCGUGCUAAACAGACUGCAGAGAUUAUUGUGAAGAAUAACAGAACCUGCCAUGAUAUAGAAUUAGUAACUGAUCCAUCACUUAAAGAGAGAUGUUUUGGUAUUGCUGAGGGAGGUCAAGUCAAAGAAAUGAAAAACAUGGCUAAAACAGCUGGAUGGUCUUUACCGGAGUUCACUCCUCCUGAAGGAGAGACUAUUGAACAGGUGAAGGCACGUAUUAAGGAUUUUCUUAAGGCUUUGUUCCAGCGAAUAGCUAAUGACCACCAAGACAAAAAUCAAGUUUCUGAAGCACCUGUCCUUGAAACUGAUGGGGUUCUCGCAGGACUCCCCGAUGAUGGAGUUUUAAAUGUGCCUGUCCAUGCUUUGGUGGUUGGACACGGGGCUUAUAUGAGCAUACUAAUGCUGUAUUUCUUUGGGGACCUAAAGUGCCCUAUGCCCCGUGGUUCAGACCCAGCUCAAAGGUUUUCCAUCUGUCCAAACACAGGAAUGUGUCGAUUUAUUAUAACUUUGAACUGUAGUAAUGCAGAUCUUACACUUUCAAACAUACAAUGUGUGUUCAUUAACAGAAGAGAGCACAUAAAGUAACAACAGAAGUGUGUAUACAAGAUAGCAGAAUGUUUACUUGUGUAAAUAUAUGGCGCUUAAUUUUAAUUCAAUAAUGUCUCUAGAUGCCAAAAAAAUUUACAUUUUAAUAGGCAUUGUGAAGGGGUGACCAUUAAAAUUGGUUGAAGUAAGUCUACAAAGUAUACAACAUGUUGAAGUGUGUUAUUAGUAUUGAGACACUGAUAGUGGAAAUUAUUGAAUAUUAAAGCUUUUCUGUUUGUUAUUGUUUUUCAGUGCUAUAAAUAUUACCAAAUGAAGUUUAUUUUUUUCUCAGUGGAAUCUCAUAAACAUAUAUUUUGGUAAGGGUGGAAAAAACAUUUUAAUCUGCACUGUCAGAAAAAAAGGCAAGAAUAUGUACCUCUGAACUACUGCUAUGAACUCUUUUGACUCAAAGUGAGAGGAUAUGAAGUGUGUAUAUAGUCACUUGUCCCCUAUAUUUACAAAAAACGGUUCCAGAGUGUCCUGACAUGUACUGAACUUGUGGUUGGUAAGGUGAAAAGAGCACAGAACAGUCAAUAAUACAGAGAGCCAAAUUCAGUUGUAAUGGAACUUGGUGUUUUUAUGAAUAAAGGUUACAUUUGCAUUAAUUGUUUUAGUUAGACAACUAAUGGAUGGAGCACAUGGAGGGAAGUGUUUAGUAUCUGGACCAUUUCAAAUGAUAUAAUCACUUAAAACAAACACCAAUGUUGUCCAACUGGAAUCAGUCCAAAUCAAAUAACAAAAUCAGAUUAAACAUAUUAUGUCAAUCUAUCUUUAUUUCACCAUAGUACUCAACGUUUUCAUCAUCAUCAUGAAAUAAGCAGAAACAUAUUGUGUUCAUAUUGUAAUGUAAGAAAAUAAGCAUUUAUCACCCUGUUUUGAAAUACAUUAUGUACUGGUGGCACUUUUAUGAAUUAAUGUUUUUUUUCCUCAGAGUAAUGUAAUACAAUAAAAUAUAAAAUUUGAA